UGGUCUUCUGUGACUGGCUCCUUCAUUUACCGUAAUAUUUUCAAGGCUCAUCCGUGUUGCAGCAUGUAUCAGUACUUCAUUCCUGUUUAUUGCCAAAUAAUAUUCCACAGCAUGGGUACCCCACAUUUUGUUUAUCUGUUUAUCAGCUUUACAGACACGCAGUUGCUUCCACCUUUGGCUAUCACAAAUAAUGCUGUUAUGAACACUCAAGUGCAUGUUUCUGUGUGGACGUGUUUUCCCUUCUCUUGGGUAAAUCAAUACCAAGUAGUGAAGGGACUGGGUGUCAGAUGGUGACUUCACGUGUAACACUCUGAGGGACUGCCAGACUGCAAAGCCACGUCUACAGCAGCUGCACCAUGUCCCAUUCCCACCAGUAGUGUGAGGAGGUUCCCAUUUCUCCACAGCCUCAGCAUCACCUACUCUCUGUGCCCUUGUCAUCGCCAUCCUAGUGAGUGUGAAAUAAUAUCUCGCUGUGAUUUUUAUCUUAAUUUCCCUUAUGGUUAAUGUUGGGCUUCUUGUUCAUGUGUCUAUUGGCCAUUUGUAUACCUCCUUUAGAGAAAGGUCUAUUCAGGUUCUUUGCCCAUUUUUAAUUGAGAAGGGGUGAGAAUAGAAAUUGUUCGGCAACAACACUGAUUCAAGCAACACUGAUUGACUACUGUAUAUUGUAAAAAGUUAAAAGGUAAACUGAGGAAAUAUUGACCACAAAAAUAUAUAAAUGAUUACUAUUUCAAUAAGUUUUAUGAAUCAAUAAGAGACAUAUUAAGACCCUCAAAUAACAAUGUGAAUAAACAAAUAAUUCCCAGAAGAGAAAAACACUGAUAACCAAAUGUUUAAGCCUUGCUGGGAAGCAAAGAGUCUAAUUAGAGCACCACUACCACUCCUGAAGUGGCAAGCACUUACUUAGAAUCACAGCGCCCAGUACUAGUGAUGGUUGGCAGUUCCUUCUAAGAAGAGCAAAUUACUCAGCUAGCCUCCUCCCAUCGCUCGCGUCCCUUCCCUCCUUGUGAGGUAGGUACGAUUAUCCCCGUUUUGCUGAUGCACAGAGACUUGGAAGUCCCUAACUUGCCCACCAUAACUUGCCAUACUGUGGAGGCCGAGCGCUGCUUCGCUGCAGGUGGGUGUGUAAGUGAAUACACAACCUUGUUGGAGAGCAGUUGGGAAACAGAUCAACAUAUAAAAAAUGUUCAUUCCCCUUCACUUAGUAAUUCUACUUUCGAGAAUCCGUGCCUAAGGAAACAACUACAGAGGUGCCAUUUUGCGUUCUGCAGCGCGUGUGAAAUGACAGCACAGCUGUUCUGAUGUGGGGCUAGGGUCGCGUCACAACGUGCCUUUGUGAUGCGGAAUGUCGAUGCAAGUUAGCUCAUAAUUAUAACGCAAAGUGAAAAGAGGUACCAACUUUCUGUACGAUAUGCAACAUAUAGACCGUGAUUUCCUGGCUGGCGGGAUUGUGGUUUUGCUUUCCUCAUCCUUUUCUGGUUUUCUACAAUCAGAACUUACUAAUUUUAUAAUCAGGAAGAAAGAAAAGCUACGGUCUUCCAGUCUGCUGUGUGCGUUUGAUGCUGAGUUUUCAGGAGUAUGGGCCCGGGGAAAUUGGGCUGGCAGGCCUGGCAGGAGCCGGGUCCCUCACGGGCGCCCGGGCGGCUCGGUUGCCGGAUUGGCUCCGGGCGGCCUGGGAGGCGCUAGCCUCGCCCCCACCCCGCCCCCAACGCGAGUCGUUGCUGGCGGGCCAGACUUUGGGGGCACAGCGAUGCCUUUCAGUGAGCUCACAGCCUCCGCCAUCAACACGUGCCUCUAUGAAGCCGGCUCAGAGAGUCUCCACGCAGCUCACCUGGAGAAACUCUCAAUCCAAACAUCCCAGCCUGGUCGGUGAGUGGGACCAGAGGGAUGUGGGGAACUAUUCCGAGUUGUUCGCAGCUGCCUUGGGCAACCUGGAAUGGUUGCGUUUCUGCCUGAAUCAGGACGGUGGGGAAAUCCCGACAGAUAACAAGGGGUUCACUGCCAUCCACUUUGCAGCCCAAAGCGGCAAGCUUGAAUGCCUGCAGGUCUUGAUAGAGGAGUACAAGUUUCCUGUGGACCUGCCCACCAACAAUGGCCAGACACCACUGCACCUUGUCAUCCGCAAGGAAAACAAGACCAUGGUCCUCCCCUGCAUCUACUAUCUGCUUAAGCACGGGGCGGCCCUCAACACUCAGACAUGCAACGGCUCCACACCCCUGCAUCUGGCGGCCCGGGAGGGCCUGCUGAGCUGUGUGAAGGUCCUGGUGACAAAGGGCGCCAAUGUCCAUGCCCAAGAUGUCGUGGGCUGCAAACCCAUCGACUACUGCAAAAUACGGAACCACCGUGUCUGCGCUCGGUUCUUGAAGGAUGCCAUGUGGAAACGGGACAAGAAGGACUUUGCCUGUGAAAUGGGGAAACUGAAGAAGCUCAAAGGCCGGCUGGUCCUCAUGGAACAGGACUACCUGAGUGAGCAUCAAAAAGAACACCAAAUUCUGAGAGAAGCUGAUUUCAAAAAGUGGCUCCACCGCAAGCUACAGCCCCGAGACCAAUCUCUGAUCCACAACGCUGAGCAAGAGCCACAGGCCCCACGCUGGACCAUCCCUCUCUCCAAGACCCCCAAACCUCCCAAGAGAUUCCACCCCUCCUUGGAGAUGCGCCUGCAACAGAUUCCACAGCCCGAGACUCAGCCUUCGGUGACACCCACACCCGUCUACAAGAAGCCCAUAGUCAGGAGGCCCAAGUUGUGGGAUAUUAGCAACAACCCUGCCACAUCCCCCACAACCCAGAUCGGCUUCCCGCAGGGCAUCCGCCUGGGUGUGCACCCAGAUCCCAGCCUGGAGCACGACUUCCGCAGGUUCCUCAAGGUCAGGUCUGACGGGCACGGUGGUGCGCGGUUGUGCACGGUGGCUGGCAAGCAGGUGGCACCUGUGCCUCGGCUGCCUUUGGAGGUGAUAGUCCGAGAGCUGUACCCUCAAGUGCGGCCGUGCAGGAUGAAGGUGCCCCAGGGCUUCCGCCCCAUCAGCAUGAGGGACGUGGCCCGGAAGCGGUACUUGGGUGACAGCACCUUCUGGACCGACACACUGGCCAUGAACCUGCGCGAGACAUUUGACGAAGCCUUCCUGGCAGCAGUGCGAGCUCAUCAGGGGCUCCCCAUUGUGCCCUCCCCCGAACCCCUCUCAUAAACUCGUAUUGGUAGCCUCUCCUCGACCUGAGGCAGGCCAGUGCAGGCUGAGGUGUGGCCAUUCAUGUUGCAGACAGGGAACAUGGGGAAGAGCGCCCAUAAGCUUCCUAUUCCCAAAUUCCAAGACCAGAGCCCCUGCCCCCCAACAAAAGCCCAGAUCCCAGGUCCCUCUUCUCUCCACAAAGAAAUCUUUGGGACACCAUCCCCAAGAGAUUCAAAUUAGGACAGGAGCCCAAAGCUCAGAGUAGGGGGGUCAGUCUCUAUCCCAGGCCCUAGCAUUGUGAAAGUAACACUUGGUGUCCCCUUUGCUCCCCUUGCCCACAAAUGGCCCACCAAGGACAGGCUUUCAGGAUGAGGAACCACUGGGAAAUCCUGCCUCUUGUUCAGACUAAGCCCUACUGCAGGCCCUAAGCCUCAUGCUUCGUCUCCAGAUCCAGAAUGGGGUGGAGGCAACUAAUGUAUCACCCUGCCAUGGGCUUCCCUGCCUCUGGGGAAUGCUGCCGUGCUUCCUGCAGGUCAGGGAGGCACAGGUGGCACCGCUGGGGGCAGGCAGGGAGGACCUAUGGCUUCAACUGGAGACCGUGAUAGCACGUGGACUUCCCCCAGGAAGCUAGCCCACGUCCCCUGCUAUCUGCUGUACAAAUCACUACACAUCAUUCAUUAAACAAACCUUUAUUAAA